AUGGACAACAGACUCGACGUCCCCAUUGAAGUCGCACGCAGAAACGUUGACAAGCUCGGUAUCAAGUACGAUGAGCUGCCCCAACGGCCCUUCUGGUCGUCCCUCUUCGGGAAGACCGAGAACGACUUCAAGAUCCGCGUGGCGGCCAAGGUCAUGGCGGGCUCCGUCCUGACGGGGAGGGAGCUCACGCAGCCCGAGAAGGACGCGCUGGCAUACCACUAUGCAAAGCUGCUGGCCACCCAAGUAUACGACGUGCCAAUCGCUAUUGGCGCCGGGAUUGGUUUCUACCGCUAUACGUAUCAGUCCUACGGUUUCCCCUUCUGGAAACCAAACCUCGAAAAGUUCAACCCAAACAAGUUCGGCCCGCUCCCUGAGGGCUUCAUAUCGCAAAGGGCCUGGCAUGCCCUGAGGCUCGUCGCGUGGUACACUGGCUGUCGAGUGGUCAGUGCUAUCUUUCUCGCCUCGUACUCCAUCUCCGUGUACAUGGCGAACUACGGCACCGAUCCCCGACUUCAGGAUUACCGCGAGGUGAUCAAAACCAGAAUCAACCAGCGACAGGCAGGAAUUACACCGCAGCGCGGUCAACCACCAGCCUACCGUACGAUUGAGGCCAGCGCACCGGCAUUCUCACAGUGGGACAGCACUGAGCAGAGCACCCAAGACGCCCAAUCGUCAUGGCCUGGGAUGCAAGCCCCACAACCGGAGAGCCCCCAGGCCACCUCUUUCAACGACGAGCCCUACGUCUUUGAUGAUGCGUCUCCCGUGACGGCGUCGGAGCAGCACAGGGGCAAGCCACAACAAUCGACCCAGGGCAGCUCUACAUGGGACAGAAUCAGAGGCCAGGCUCGUGGGGCGCAGGGUGGGCAGGCGCAGGCCGGUGCUUGGGGCCAGAGACGUCAGGAUGAGCAGACUUCUCGGGGCGCACAGGACGGGACUUCCUAUAAUUUCUCAUCUGGAGACGAAGAGAAGUCGUACGCGAAGAGCCAGGCACAGAAGGAGUUUGAUGAGAUGUUGGAACGAGAACGGCGAGGUCAAGGCGAUGGCUCGCAUCGUUAACGGACCCCGGGGGGGGGGGGGG